GGAGAGAGAAUAAGAGGGGAGGGGGAGAGAGAGAGAGAGAGAGAGAGAGAGGGAGAGAGAGCUCGGGCCGAAGCACUAGAUUUGGAGCGUGGUUCGUGGAGAAGCAUCAAAAGGGACGGAGAUUGAACGAGGAAGAAGAAGAAGAAGAAGAAGAUGAUGAUGAUGAUGCAGGGUUUAUUGCAGUGAGAAGAGGAGAGAGAGGAGAGAGAGGAGAAAGACCCAUUUCCAGUAAUAAGGUUGUAAGUUGUAACCUCUCUUUCUCUUUCCCACUCUUCGAUUAAUCAGAGACCCCAAUCCAUAAUAGCCAUUUUGUAAGGGUGAUCGAUUAGUAACAUUUCCUGAUUCCCAAAACCAAAUAUCUCUUCUUGUUGGCAAUUCGGCGAAUAUGUCGGAGGAUGAAUCGUAUCCAUUCUCGAAACCAUCGCCGAGCGAGCACCCCCUCGACGACCAAGCCGAACUAGAAGAAGAACCAACUGAAAGGGACGGGAAACGAAAGAGAUCUCCGCAACACCCCAACACCCCCGAUAUCCAAGAAGACAACGCACGGCCGCAGUAUUCUGAUCACCAGGACACCGACGCCGAGUACUACGACCCUACCGGCCUUAUAACCCCCCUCGGCCGUGAACUCACAAUUGACUGUCUCCUCUGCCUCUCCCGAUCUGAUUAUGGCUCGAUCGCGCGCCUAAGCCGCAACUUCCGUGACCUAAUUCGCUCCGGCGAGCUCUAUAGACUACGGCGCCAAUCGGGUAUCACGGAGUAUUGGGUCUACUUCUCCUGCAAUGUGCUCGAAUGGGAGGCUUACGAUCCGUACAGGGGACGAUGGAUUACGAGCAUCCCGAAAAUGCCUCCUAAUUUCGAAUGCUUCGUGUUGGCUGAUAAGGAAUCUCUUGCUGUGGGCACCGAGCUACUUGUUUUCGGUAUAGAGGUGGGUUCGCACAUUGUUCUUCGGUACAGCAUCUUGACGAACAGUUGGUCCGCAGGAGUCGGGAUGAACUCGCCGAGGUGUUUGUUCGGUUCCGCUAGCAUCGGAGAGAAGGCUAUUGUAGCUGGUGGCUUUGGCGUGCAGAAAACUGUAUUGAAUUCUGCCGAGCUUUACGAUUCCGAUAAGCAGACGUGGACCAGUUUGCCUAACAUGAACAAAGCAAGAAAGAUGUGUUCCGGUGUCUUUAUGGACAAUAAGUUCUACGUAAUCGGUGGGGUGACGGGGACCAAUGAGGUCCUGACAUGUGGCGAGGAGUAUGACUUGGAGACGGGUAAUUGGAGGGUGAUACCAAAUAUGUCGGCCGGGCUUAACGUGCCAGCCGGAGCGCCGCCGCUUGUUGCCGUUGUGAAGAACGAGCUGUACGCUGCUGACUACGCCGAGAAUGAGGUGAGGAAGUACGACAAGAGGAAUAACGCGUGGAUCACGUUAGGAAAACUGCCUCCGAGAUCGGCGUCGGUGAACGGUUGGGGCCUAGCGUUCCGCGCGUGUGGCGAGCGGCUGAUUGUGAUCGGAGGGCCGAGGGCGUCGGGUGGGGGGAUGAUAGAGCUCAACUCAUGGGUCCCGAAUGAGGGCGGUCCGCCGGAGUGGGAGAUGGUUGCUAGCCGGCACUCGGGGAACUUUGUUUUCAACUGCGCGGUGAUGGGCUGCUGAUUCUUAUGCGAUUUUGCGAUAGAUGGUACUUACUUCUCGACUUGGAGGAUGGGCAAAGAGCGCAUUUUUCAGGCGUAAAUACUAAUUCCGCAUGAUGGGUAAUUUCCGCCUUUCCCUUUCUUGAAAUUCAGAUUGAACUCAAAAUUUGGUCGAAGUGCCGUUUCAUGUUACUUGUCAUUUCACCCCUUCAAUUAUUUGCAUUCGGAGGGGUUGUUUAUUUAUUUAAAAGCAUGAAGACAAGCAUAACAGUGUUAGGUUAAAAUAAUUUGAUGCAACUGAAUGUCUUCAAUUCUUCCUGGAGCUUCCGAGCACCAUAGAAUAUCAUUAUCAGAUUUGUUCAUGAUUUGGCCAUGUUGUGAGGAAUAAGGAACACACCUGCCGUUUUGCGGUGCAAAUGCUUUAUUGGUUCUCAAUAUUUGACUAUGUUUUAAUCUGUUUUGUUUUUGUUCUUUCCGGGUACGGUAUGUCGUUCUCGUGAUCUAUUUACGAAGAUCUAAGAGUGUUAUGAA